GCGAGCGCUUCCGCCAUGCAGACGCGUCCCAGCAGUGAGCCGCAGCGCAGCAAGGUGCAAGACCAGGCAGGGGCCAGGGGACAGGUGCCCAAGUGCGCCAGUGCCACGCUGGCCAAGAAACCAGCCACGCCUCCGGCGGCACCACCUCCAACGCCGGCCAGCAGAGGAGCUAUGCCGCUCACAGUUCCGCUGAUCGAGCUUACGCCCGCCCAGGGCGAGACCCCUGUGAAGGUGGCACCGCCGGAGAAGCAGGCUCCUGUUCAUAUAACACUGCCGGAAAACAAGGAGAACCUACCCACAAAGCCACCGCCAUCGGGAAAGACUACUCCUCUGGGCGCCCCCACCAACUAUGUGGCUAGACGCACCUGGAUCACCACCGACCGGAUGAACGAGCUCCGCCGAAAAGCCCAGGAGGCGGCCAAGCAAAACAAGAUUUUCACAAUCCGCGGGUGCUUCAACUCGGUACGGAACGCUCUGCUGGCGCGCGGAUGGGUGGAGAAGCUGGACGUGCACCGUAAGGUGAUGCCGGCGGGACAGAUGACCUACGAGGAUCUCACCCAGAGGCUGCCCAAGCGGAAAGCAGGAGAAACCCGACGGCAGUACGUGCAAAAAUGCGAACGCAACAUUAUGUCACGUUUCCUGGAGCACAUGCCCGUAGAUUUUUUGUGGACAAAUCGGAAGGAGAAGUGUGAUUACAUAGACCAGGCCAAAAAUCCCGGGAUGACCAUAAAUAAGUUCCACCGCGCCCCGUUCACCUCCAAGGAGGGAUUGUGCAAUCAGCUGCGUGACUUCCAUUGGUUCUUCGAAGAGGGAACUGCAGAAAUGUACUUCCCGCGGUGCUACAAUGUCUGGAGCCCAGAGGAGCUGGGCGAGUUCAUAGAUAAUUUCAAGUUGACGGCCUGCGUGGCCUUUCUGCGGGCCAUGCUCUGCAAAUACCAUAAGCAGGGGACCGAUUCCGUCUUCUCUACCAGCGGAAAGAUACCCUACUCGUCGAUAGACUUUGCCUACAAGCGACUGGUGGAGUACCUGGACAGCUGCCAACACAACGACAUCGACUUCGAGGACCCGCCCAAGAUCUGGGAGCACGACUGGGACGCGUUUCUCUUCCAGCACCAGCUCCUGGUCAACGAGGAUGGACGGAUACAGCACGACGGGCAGCGGUUGGAUCCCAUGGUGAAGAGUUGCCUCUCCCUGAUCGACAAAAUGAAGAUCCACUGGCCCCAGUACAGCCUCGAUGGAUACCAGAACCUGUGGAUAGUCAAGCCGGCUAAUAAGUGCCGGGGAAGAGGCAUCCUCCUAAUGGACAACCUGAAGAAAAUUCUUGGUGUCGUCAACCCGUCCAUUGCCUCGAAAAGUCGCUACGUUGUGCAGAAGUAUAUAGAACGUCCUUUGAUCCUUUUCCAAACAAAGUUCGACAUACGUCAGUGGUUUCUUAUAACCAAUACCCAGCCUUUGGUGGUUUGGUUCUAUAGGGAAAGCUAUCUGCGCUUUAGCUCCCAGGAGUAUAGUUUAAGUAACCAUCAUGAAUCAGUGCACCUGACCAACUAUGCGAUCCAGAAAAAGUAUACCAAUGGCAAGCGGGACAAGCGACUGCCCAGCGAGAACAUGUGGGACUGCUACUCCUUCCAGGCGUACCUGCGCCAGAUCGGGAAGCACAACAUGUGGCUUGAGCGGAUCUUCCCCGGAAUGCGCAAGGCCAUCGUGGGCUGUAUGCUGGCAUCCCAGGAGAACAUGGACCGGCGACCCAACACUUUCGAGCUCUUCGGCGCCGACUUCAUGAUCUGUGAGAACUUCUACCCGUGGCUGAUCGAGAUCAAUUCCAGUCCGGAUCUGGGAGCCACAACGAGUGUGACGGCACGUAUGUGUCCUCAGUGCCUGGAGGAUGUGGUUAAGGUUGUUAUUGAUCGACGUACGGAUCCUAAGGCGGACAUGGGAAACUUUGACCUGGCGUAUCGCCAGGUGGUUCCUCCCACGCCCGCUUACAUGGGCCUCAACCUGUACGUCAAAGGCAAGCAGAUGAUCCAAAAGGUGAACCACAGCAGUGGACAUGGCCACCACCAUUAUUACUACCAACAGCAGCGCAGGGAGCGCUCCUUGGCAACGAGCAGCGUCUACCGCCAGAGGUCGGCCAUUUUGCAUCCAGCGACCAGCAUGUCCAGGAUACAUCGGGCCAUGCCCACAUUCAAUGCCACCGAGUACAUGGAGAAGUACAUGGUGGAGCCUCUGAGCAGCAGUCGCAGCAGCCUCAGCAGUCAGCAGCAGUCCACGCAGCAACUGCAGACACAUCAGCAUCAGCUUCAAAAGUCACCGUCAAUUGCCACCGGCUCCGCCUGUCCCUAUUUGCUGAAGCAGGCGGGUCGCUCCAUCACCCAGUUGCUUAGCGCCUCUCACAAACGGAAUACGGCGGGAUCGGUUUCAGGUGAGGCAAUCCAAAGCACUGCUCUGCCGCCCAAGCGGCAACGUAGCUGCGGACCCCGGCUCACCUCCACGAAUCCGGUGGAGAGUACCGAAAAGAAGUUUAAGAUUCUCAUCAAGAACUAUACAGCCGGCGGAAACGAGUCACUUCAGGAUUCGCGACCGGAAGCAGCAACGGCUCCGGUCAUAAGUGAAAGGAAGUGGCGCAGUCUCCGCAACAUCACGGCCACAACAGCCGUUUCCUCAAGCUCCACCUCGCGCUGUAAAGGACUGCCUCUGCCGGCACCGGGACUGCCAACGAGGCGGUUCGUCCGCACCAAGUCCGAGAUCGAGAGCACGGCCAGCAUGCAUGCCAUAGGCAGGACCUUCGGCAGGAAGUCAAACGGACCCCGACUGCCUAUCAGUAUCUCUGUGCAGGCUCUGCACCGGGGAGAACCCAUCGUGGCGGCCCUGAAACAGGCCACCAGUGAGCUGCAGCUUUCCCAGGCCGAAAUGAUGACUCCCCGAACGGCACUGGCGAGUAAGCUAAACAGUUCAACGCUUACGGUUCCAAUACCCCCUCUUCCGGUUGGCUAA